AUGCCUGUUCUUAUAGACACUUCCCAAUUGGCGCUUGGCGUGCCUAUGAGUGAUUGGAAUCCACCAUCCACCCACGCUGCCCUUGCCGGUGGUGGUGCGGUGCUAAUAGUAAACUUCCCCCUUCUCACACUCCGCCAAACACCGCAGCCAGGAACAAGCGUGCAUUCAAUCUCUCGUAACCUCAGUCACCUCCACAACCUCGAUCAACACCUUCUUUUCUCGUCUCGACUCUCAGUGCAUCCUCUUCAUCUUCUCUCCUGGCACGCGUCUGGCAACCCUAUUCUGCUUCUAUUGGCAUUCUCAAUCCUGUAUAACGACAAAUUUCACCGUAUUCUCCCUCAAAAUUCCCCUCGACCAAGGGCAAUCUCACCACCGUCACGUCCACGACUUUGCCUUUCGCCCACUUCCUUGUACGUUUCUUCGAUCCCGAGGACCACGGUCCCCUCUGUUCCUAUAUCUGGUACAACCUACCGUCCAGUCCUUUCAUCCUUGUCCACUUUGCUCGCCGCCACGCUUGGCUUGCUCAGAUUAAUUGAGAGCCGCACGUACACCAAAUUCGACCCUUGUCCUGGCUGGCCAGAGGCCUUGAGGUAUCGAGCGAGGCACAGGCACAUUCUUUGCUUUGAGGAGUAUUUAGGACUGCGUGUUUGUCCUUGGAAACAAACCUCGCGAUCCAAGCCCGCCACCCAGGCGGCGCAUCUCCCUACCACACCUUUUGAAAAACCGCUCAUAAAAUCCCCCGUCCCACCACCUUUCAGGAUCGAGAAGAGCUACGAUAUCUCCACGACUAGGUCUCCUACAGCGGACAUUGUGGCGGGUUCUCGCACUGUGUCAGUCCAGCCGCAGUCGCCCCUGGAGACUUCUAUGACAGGCAAUACGACGGAACAUGAUGGGAACAUUGCACCAAUAUCGAUGACCGUGCCAUAUAUCACGGCUCCAGUAGCAGCCAUGGAGGGGAAUCCGGACAGCCACAAUCAAUUCUCCACUCAACGAGGCGUAAAUAAUGAAUCCGCCCAGUCAAGGUCCUUGCCGUCCACACCCUACCAAAGACCUCAGUCUCGGUCUGGACAGAGAGUAACACGCUCCCCAGACCCGAGUACGAAGAGUGGCUCUCCACUGUCACUGCCCUCCGACAAAAGUCGAACCCCACCAGCCAGGGGAAGGCCUUAUGGAGGGUGCAAAUACGAGACAGGAAUGGCGCGGGCAAGACGGCGUGUGCCAUACUCAUUUGGACCAGAGCCCCUGCAAAAAGACAAAUCCGAUCUGAAGACUCGACUUAAUCAUGAGGAAGACGAGGCACUAACUCGUGAAAUGCAAAAUCUUUAUUCGCGGCUACUUCCCACUGCGGAAAGCGAGCAGCGGAGAACAACAUUCAUUGAUAAAUUGGACAGACUUCUUCGUGAUAAUUGGCCAACGUCUUCCUUCACAGUCAACGUCUUCGGUUCGACUGGAAACAACCUGGGGACUCUGGACUCCGAUGUCGACAUUUGCAUCACGACCGACUGCAAGGAAAUGGAACGAGUCUGCUCCAUUGCAGAAUUGCUGGCCAAAAACGGCAUGGAAAGAGUUGUCUGUGUUUCGAGUGCAAAGGUACCUAUAGUCAAGGUUUGGGAUCCUGAACUGCAGGUGGCCAGCGAUAUCAAUGUCAACAAUCCCCUCGCGCUUGAAAAUACCGACCUCGUGCGUACGUAUGUCGAUCUUGACAGCCGAGUGAGGCCUCUGGCUAUGAUCAUCAAAUACUGGGCGAAGCGGAGGAUCUUGAACGAUGCUGCCCUCGGUGGUACCCUCAGCUCUUAUACAUGGAUAUGUCUGGCCCUAAAUUUCCUGCAAACACGGGAUCCGCCUAUACUUCCUACUUUACAGCAGCAACCGAAGCUCGAGCCCAAAAUCCUAGCCGGCGUCAAUGUCUCCUUUGACCGCAAUACCGAAUCCUAUAAAGACUUUGGCGCUCGGAACAAGUCUUCGCUGGGCGAAUUAUUGUUCCACUUCUUUCGCUACUACGGACACGAACUUGAUUUUGAGCAGAAUGUGGUGUCAGUUCGGCUUGGGCGCAUCCUAUCCAAGGUCGAAAAACAAUGGCAUCUGCUUCAGGACAAUCGCUUGUGCGUUGAGGAGCCCUUCAACCUGUCCCGCAACCUGGCCAACACGGCUGAUGACACUUCUAUGCGUGGUAUUCAUUUGGAACUACGGAGAGCAUUCGAGCUAAUUGGAGAGGCCAAACUUGACGACUGUUGUGAGCAAUUCGAGUACCCUAAGGAAGAGAUCAAGCUAUCUGAACAUUUUGUACCUCCGUCAGCGAGACCGGUUAUCCCCCAGCCGCCCACACAGUCAUCGGCUCAGCCAUCAUUGCACCUAGGCAGGCCAGGGAAGGGCUCCAAUCGUGGAGGAAGAGGUUCCAAGGGUCCUAACAGCAACUCUCGCCGCUCCUCUAAUCCUACAGGGCGGACUUCGAAUUCCAUACGCAACUUCCCUUUUCAGAUGACCCCACAAGAACUUCAGCUACAAGCGCAACAUCAGCAACAUCUUCUCCACGACCAGUUAUUCCAGCAAUACCAAUAUCUACAGCUUCAAGAGCAAGAAUUGAGGAUGCAGCUACAUCAGCAAAACCUCCGUCACCGAGGGCUUCUGGCGGCAGGAUAUCAUCAACCUGCCGCAUACGGCCAAUACGGAUCGCAGGACGAAGGAUUUGAUGGCACGAACGGACAAAUCAAUGGCAUGAGUCGAGCGCCUAUGUCUGCGCCGUUGUACCAGCAGCGGUUUGGUCCUGCCUCACCUUAUCUCACAGCAGGUAGCCUGAGUCAAGGUGUUUCAACAAAUCCUCCUUCGCCUAGGGUCAACUCUGUUAUUCCUGACACGAGAAGAUUCUCAAGGCGGACAUCCCUCACACAGUCGUCCUCAGGACCGUCUCUAAGAGCUCAGUCGCAACCGGCUCGAGCUGUUCCAGUGUCUUCGUUUGGCCACAUUUCAGCUAGACCCGAUGUGUCCAUUCUGCAAGAGGCUGCUGGAGGACGCAGAUCAUCCGUGUCCUCUUCCUCCCAAGAACAAUUUCCUGGAUAUUUGGAAAAUGGCUACAACGUGGCUGGUUCUAUGUACGACUCCGGCCGAAGGCCGGCAGAGUAUCUGGGCUACUACGUGGGGCAGUCGCCGUCAUUAUCUGCGUAUACGCACAGCACCGCAAUCUCUCCUAUCCCGUCUCAUGUCGGCCUGGCCAUCCAAAACGGUGGAUUGUCACCUCGACUUGCUUCGGCGUCGAUCCGCUCUAAUGGGAGCAUGCAUUCGCCUCCUUUACAGGCUGUUCCGCCUGCUACAGCUGAGACACAAUCUAUUGCAGAGCCGGAGGCCAAGAAAUUUCCGGUCGGCAGUAUUCCCCCUCAGCCAAGGUCAGGUCCCUUGAUUGUUGAUGGUUCGGUCAACUCUCCACGGCGGAGACGGACGACACAAUCACUCAACGAAAGUGAUGAGCCCACGAACUUCAGCGCUUCAACUUCGGAAGAUCUUGCAUUCGACACACCUUCGAGUUCCGAUGAAAACUCUCAGGAUGCUCUUGAGCUCAACAAUCAUAAGAAGAGCCCCCCAGCCAGCCCUAGCGCUCCACAAAGGCGCUUGCACCAGAUGGCAGGUUCAUCACAACACAUGAAUGGAUUCUUGCCGUUCAGGACGUCACUGUCAGCUGCUCCACAAGACCUCCCAAUUCAAGAAACAAGGACCGAAGAGGCAAUGGCGAUGGCAGGACUAGGGGCUCUGAAGAAGCCAGGCACAGCAUGGACUCUGGAUCGACAGCUUUCUUCUGUGGAAGAAGUUCUUACGCCAUCUCCUAGAGUUGAAAGUUUCCUACCCGAAGGCCAGCCCCCUAACGUUGCCCAGUCGGUGGAUCAGGCGGAGCCCGCAGCAGCAUCAGAAGCAGAAACAACGACCCUUGCUAACGGGAACGGUGGCGACGAGGCCAUUGUAAAGCCACUAAGUCCGAGGACAAAUGGCUCGACUGGUGAAAAUGCAUCUCCGGCUUCUGCAGCCGUUGUCGGCGCCACCAAUGGCUGGGAGACGCAACAUCGCAAGAAAAAGAGAAGGAGCAAAAAGGCAGUCAAGUCGGAGAAUGAUGCGCAGGUUUUGAACACUACAAAGGGAGAAAUCCUGCCGGCCGAUGAGUCCCUACGAAAAGGUGGCUAG